AUUGCUGGUCCUGUGAUGAUGAUCCUUUUCAGUCUCGUCAGUAUGUAUACUUCAUCAAUCCUAUCUGAAUGCUAUCGUUGUGGCGAUCCUAUAUAUGGACAGAGAAGCUAUACAUUCGUCGAAGCAGUUCGCAACAUUCUUGGUGGGUAUCAUUACACUGUUUGUGGAAUAGUUCAAUACUUAUAUCUUUAUGGCAGUGCAAUAGGAUACACAAUUGCAGGUCCUAUUAGCAUGGUGGAAAUACAAAAGUCUAUAUGUCUCCAUAAAUCAGGAGGAAAAGACCCAUGUCAAAUUUCAGCCAACAUACAUAUGAUCAGUUUUGGAGUAGUUGAAAUUUUCUUUUCUCAAAUAUCAGAGUUUCAUAACACAUGGUUUCUCUCAGUAAUAGCAGCAGUCAUGUCUUUUGCCUAUUCCAUAAUUGGUGUCUUUCUGGCGAUUUCCGUAGUUGCAAAAAACGGUACCUUCAAAGGUACUAUCGCAGGAGGAAGCACUUCAAAUGAGUCAACAAUAGACAGAGUGUGGGGAAUUUUCCAAGGUCUUGGUGACAUAGCCUUUGCUUAUUCAUUUGCUCAAAUUCUCAUUGAAAUUCAGGACACCAUAAAAAAUCCACCAUCUGAAGUAAAAACGAUGAAAAAUGCGACAAAAGUAAGUGUUUUGGUGACUACAACAUUUUAUUUGCUUUGCGGCUGCAUGGGCUAUGCUGCAUUUGGAGCAGACGCACCGGGGAACUUGCUCACCGGAUUUAGUAUGUACAAUCCAGCUUGGGUCAUUGAUGUAGCGAAUGCUGCCGUUGUUAUCCACCUUGUAGGAGCAUAUCAAGUAUAUGUUCAACCUGUCUUUGCCUUCUUAGAGAAAGCUGCAGCAAAAAAAUGGCCUCAAACAAAAGUGGAACACAAAAUUCCAAUUCCUGGUUUUAGUCAUUACAAUCUAAAUAUAUUUAGAUUAAUUUGGAGAACAGUAUUUGUGAUCAUAACUACUUUUGUUGCAAUGUUAAUUCCUUUCUUCAACGAUGUUCUGGGAUUUCUUGGAGCCGUGGGGUUUUGGCCUUUAUCAGUUUUUUAUCCAGUGGAGAUGUAUAUCGUGCAGAAGAAGAUCCCAAAAUGGAGUACUAAAUGGCUUUUGCUAAAAAGCAUAAGUGCUGUAUGUUUUAUCAUAUCGGCAUUGGCUGCUAUUGGUUCAAUCACCAGUAUUGGACUUGACCUAAAGAAAUACAAGCUAUUUAGCUCAGGAUCUUGA